AAAAAUAAUUAGCAAACGGGCAAAGAAAGAAUCUGAACAAAGGCCAUUAUAACUCACCAACUACAACACCACAAGAGGAGGAACAAUUUUCACCCAUAAACUCCAAACUCUUCCAUCUCUCUCUCUCUCUCUGUUUUUUUGUUCCUUUCUUUGUUUCUUGGAGAGGGCUGUUGUCGAUUGGGGCCCUGCAGAAACAGACAAAUAAAGGGAUUUAAUUUAUCUUUUAGGAGUUUGAGAAAUGGGGAAACUUUUUUUUUGCUGAAGGUGCUUGCAAGUGGUGAUGGAACAGUGAAGAGAUCUUAUUGGAUGCUGUAAAACGGGUCCACUCGGUUCUUGGGGGAAAGAUUCUGCACGCCCACAUGGUGAGAGAUUAAAAUAGACCAAUUUCACCUCCAAGCAGAGCUACUUGUGUACAGAAAAUACCUCCCCAAGUCUCAAAAAAAAAAGGCUGUUGAUAAUAUCAGGCUGUUGUUGUGUGUGUGACAGAGGAAUUCCUAGCUUUUUUGCCCCAUCAUUUUGUGCGACUUUGGGUUUGUGUACGGAGAAACAGAGACCCAAAAACCUUUUAACUGAGACAGAGUGGGAGGAGGCAGCUGAAAAUCUUUGUUGGCUGACAAUUUUUUCCUGUUGCUGCUUCAGAGUCUUCUUUGUUUUCUGUGUUCAUCUCAAGCCCAAAGUGAGAGCCUUUUGAUCUAUCCUUUUUCUCUCUCUUGGUCCAAGGAUUCUUCAUAAAGAGGCUUCUGAGUGUCAGUUCAUGAAGAAUAACACUCUUUUGAGAACUGAGUAUUCAGGCAGAUUCCCUUGGAUGCAAUAUUGAAGAAAAGGGUUCUCUUUUUUUGUGAUGGAGGGUGGUGGCGGGGAUGACGGUUUUUCGCCCAAUUCCAGCUUUGGGGGAUUCCCGGAGACGGCUAUGGAUUUGGAUUUCAUGGAAGAGCUCUUGUUUGAUGGAUGUUGGCUUGAGACUACAGAUGGUAAAAGCUUUCAGCAGCCGGGGGGGCCUUCUCCUUCAACUUCUAACCCCAUGAACGACUCAUCUUUCCUGUUCGGGUAUCAAGACCCGAGCAACAGUGAUUUCGGUGUGAACCCAUCUCAGAAUAUCUCCAAUGAAGAGACGAAAAGAAAGUUCCCUCCAUCACCACCUACUUAUCAGAAGAUCGAGCACCUCGUUGUACCAAAUCAAUCAAUGAAUCAAGAACCUUUAGAUCUUGCUGCAACAAGUUCAGUGCAAUCAGAGAAGUUGCUUGUUGAAGGAGCUGAGGUGGGAAGAAGAUGGUGGAUUGCCCCAAGGGCAAGCUCGGGUGCCUCUUCAUCGGUGAAAGAUAGGCUUCUACAGGCAAUACAGCAUGUGCAAGAGGCGGUGUUAGAUAAAGACUUUCUCAUACAGAUAUGGGUGCCAUUUCAGAAGGGAGGUAAAAAUUUUCUUACCACACUAGAGCAACCGCACUUAGUCAACCCAAAAUACUUGAGCCUCCAAAAGUACAGACAUGUUUCAGAAAAGUAUAGCUUUCCAGCUGAUGAAGACUCGAAGGAGUCAGUAGGGCUUCCUGGUCGUGUUUUCCUUGGGAAAUUGCCCGAGUGGACGCCUGAUGUUCGUUUCUUUAAAAGCGAAGAGUAUCCUCGUAUCAAAGAGGCACAAAAGUGCGAUGUCCGGGGGUCACUUGCCCUUCCUGUUUUUGAAAGAGGUAGCGGAACUUGCUUGGGUGUUGUUGAGAUCGUCACAACUACCCAAAAGAUCAAUUACCGACCAGAACUUGAGAAUAUCUGUAAAGCUCUCGAGGCCGUUGAUCUGAGGAGUUCAAGUAACUUGAACCCUCCAAGCAUAGAGUUUCUGCAGGUCUAUAGUGAAUUCUAUCAAGCAGCGUUACCUGAGAUAUCAGAGUUUUUGGUCUCAGUCUGCAGAUCAUUUGAUCUGCCUCUAGCUUUAACAUGGGCACCAUGUUCUCGGCAAGGCAAGAGUGGAUCCCGGCAUUCUGAUGAGAACUACUCUCAGUGCGUUUCAACAAUUGAUUUUGCUUGCUUUGUCCCCGAUGAACAGAGCAAGAAUUUUCUGGAGGCUUGCUCCGAACACCAUCUGCUUCAAGGGGAAGGAGUUGUCGGGAAAGCAUUCAAGAUGAACAAACGAUGUUUCGUGCCUGAUGUGACCACAUUUUCCAAGACCAACUACCCUCUUGUCCACCAUGCUAAGAUUUUUGGCCUGCAUGCAGCUUUAGCAGUUCCAGUGAAAAGUAAAUUCACUGGUGCGGUUGAGCUUGUGUUGGAGUUCUUCUUCCCUAAAGCCUGCAUUGACACCGAAGAACGAAAGGAAAUGCUCAAUUUACUGUCCACGACUCUUGAGCGAGAUUUCAGGAGCUUAAAUCUUGUCAUUGACAAAGAAAUAGAGGAAGAGGUCAUAUUGCCUGUUAGAGAGACCAUGGUUUUCUCAGACAACCCUCUCAGUGGUGGAGAAGCCGGACAGAACUUAAAACCUUCAACUUUGACAGAGAUUUCUCAGGAAGAAUCCUCGUGGAUCUCCCACAUGAUGGAGGCAAACCGGAAGGGUAAAGGUGUCUCUCUCUCUUGGGAAUAUCAGAAAGAAGAACCAAAAGAAGAAUUUAAGCUGACAACUGGGUGGGUUAACAAUCAGACUGAUCAGGGCCACCAUAAUUUCCUGCAAGGAGUCGGGAAUUUUCAGCAGGGUCCAAGUUCAGGACCCAGGAUCGAUGUUGAUCCCAGUUUCGUAUCAGCUUCCUCUGGUGGGGGACAAACAUUAGGCAAUCGAAGACCUGGUGAAAAGAGAAGAACAAAAGCAGAAAAGACAAUUGGUUUGGAAGUUCUUCGACAAUAUUUUGCAGGAAGCCUCAAGGAUGCAGCCAAGAGCAUUGGUGUUUGUCCAACUACCCUGAAAAGAAUAUGCAGGCAACACGGGAUAACAAGGUGGCCUUCCCGGAAGAUCAAGAAGGUCGGGCACUCGUUAAAGAAACUUCAACUUGUCAUAGACUCUGUUCAAGGUGUGCAGGGCUCUAUCCAACUCGAUUCAUUCUAUACAAGCUUCCCGGAACUAAGCUCUCCAAAUAUGUCUGGUAGUGGCCCUUCUUUGAAGAGUAAUGACCAGUCAAAGCAUUUCAACACACAAACCGAGAAUGGUGUUUCACCACAGGGAAAUGCUGCCCCAAGGUCACCACCAUCAUCUUCUUGCAGCCAGAGCUCUGGCUCAAGCACAUGCUGUUCAACCGGAGCUAAUAAAAGCACCAACACUGCAAAUACUUCAAAUACUGCAAGCCCUUUGGUGGCCGAAAAUACUGGUGGGAUUUUGAAGAGAGCCCGUAGUGAUGCAGAGCUACAUAUCGUGAAUCAGGAGGAAACAAAGGGUUUGCCAAGAACCCAGAGCCACAAAACAUUCAACGAGCAUGUUCUUGAAACUUUACCUCCACUACCGGGGAGUAGCAGCAGGAACUUAAAAGCUCGAGGCACUAUAAAAGUGAAAGCCACAUUUGGUGAAGCCAAAGUAAGGUUUAGCUUGCUCCCAGGUUGGGGCUUCAGGGAGUUGCAGCAAGAGAUUGCAAGGCGUUUCACAGUAGAUGAUAUCGCCAGAUUCGACCUCAAAUAUCUGGACGAUGAUCGUGAAUGGGUUCUUCUGACGUGUGAUGCAGAUCUUGAAGAAUGCAUUGACAUAUACAGAUCAUAUCAGAGCCACACGAUCAAGAUCAGCAUUCACCAAGCGUCUCAAGUCAAGCUGGGAAGUUCUUUUGGUAGUACUGCUCCUUCCUGACAAACAAUCUGGCAAGGCUGCGACUGCAAAAAAAAAAAAAAACAGAAAGAUUCUGAUGAUUACUAGUGUGUUAGAAAUCUCACUUACCUUUUUAGCAUGGGCCACAGUAUGUAAACAUCUUUACAAGUGCCCUUGAUCAUACAUUUUGCAAGUAAUAGUAACCGGUCUGCAUUGUCUUAGCAGAUUUUUGUAUAAAAGGCGAUGCAUUCCAAAAACUUGCUUUAGUAUUUUAAGUUUGUAUAUCAUGAUUGUUGGGAUUCCACCAAGAUCUGCAAGUAUGACAAUUUGAAUAAUAUCAAUGUAUCUGUA